AUGUCCGAAACCUCUCCGAUCGCCAUAAAGUCCAAAAAAAUCCUCGCUUCGGCCUGGGGCAGCCUGACCGAGUAUGUUUUGGGUGUCAAACGGGCCGACGGCGCGCCCGUUCAAUUGGUCCGCGAGAUCUAUGACCACGGCAGCGCGGCGGCGAUUCUGCUGCUCGACAGCGAGCGCAGGGUCAUGACGCUGGUGCGCCAGUUCCGGCUGCCGCCCCACCUCAAUGGCGAGGACGGCAACAUGAUCGAAGUGUGCGCCGGGCUGCUCGACGCGGAUGACCCCGAGACCUGCGCGAAAAAGGAAGCGCUCGAGGAGACCGGGAUCGUGCCCUCGAGCCUGCGACCUGCUUUCGAGAUUUACGCCAGCCCCGGCUCGCUGAGCGAGAAAAUCCACUGCUUUGUCGGCUUUUACGACGCGGCAUGCCGGCGUGGACCCGGCGGCGGACUGGCCGAGGAAGGCGAAGAGAUCGAGCUGGUCGAGAUCGGCUUCGAUGCGGCGCUGGACAUGAUCGACAAUGGGCAUAUCGUCGACGCCAAGACCGUCGCGCUGAUCCAGCACGCAGCGCUCAAGGGGUUGCUGUCCACGUCCUAG